CCGUGGGCUUCUUUGCUUCGGUCGAGGCGCCGAUGCUUAAGGCCGGAUCGUCUGAGAUUCGCAGCUCCCUGCUUGCUGGGGGUCUCUUCCCGGAUCGAGUCCUGGAGGCUCAGGGCAGGCUGAUCAAAACUGGAGCCCAGACAACAUCAGCAUGUUGGUCGAAGCACCCAUGACGAUGCAGGAGAAAAGAACGAAUUCCACGCUGCAGAUCGCGCGCACAUCCCAUGUUUAAGGCUGAGGUUCUGGUGACAGAAAAGACAGCCGGCAGCGAACCAACUGUUGGCCGCGUCAAAUCCGCUUUUCUUGCGGUUGCCCUGUUGGAGGCCUCUGAAAAAACUUGUCGACUCCUGGAACCGAUCGACAGAGUCGCAAGCAAUUGCCGCCUGCGGACGCCGCUAGAUGCGACAUGUGAGGGACUAACAGGACCCUGGCCGCUGACAGCCUCAUUUCCAUUCCACCUUCAUGCUCUGAGGAGUUUUUCUCCGCGCGUUGGUGGGCUUCUCCUUUACCUCAUCGCCAUCGCACGCCAUCCUGCGAGGUCGAGUUUUCAGGCCGACGUCUGUGACACUGUCGCGUGUCCGCCUCGUCCGUACUCCAUGGCUCCCCAGGACUUGCCCGCCAAGUCAGCGUCUGCCCAUGUGUCGAAAAGUGGUCAGAAAGUUCGGUGCAGGGUGGUGAAUUGGCGUGUCGGUGGCGUGCGGCUUUGGGCUUGCCUCCAAUUAAACCCGUUGCCAUGAAAAGGUUUCGCUCACUCGCACAGGGCGCAGGGUGGAGGGACAAGCAAACCGUGCAUCUGGGGCUGGUGCUGUUGCUGGGUUCUCCGCAAAAUGCUGCCAGAGCUUCGGGUCAUCAGACGACUCGAUUCCCCCAGGACCCAUUAGGUAUUAUUAGACCGCCUCCACCAAUUCACACUUCUA